GUUAUUAUUUAGUACAGGAUUCACAACAAUGCAUGUUUCCUUCAGGUUAUGGUUUGUCUGUUUGUUUUUUACGUGAUUAGUUAUAAGCUUAGAGACUGUGCGUGCUACCAGAUGGGCCUAACGCAAUAGUGACAUCCGAAUCCUUUUAAUCGCUGCAUGAAGCAAAGUCGUGCCAGUUUUCGGCAUUCGGCGGGAAGUGCGAAUAUUCCGAGAACAGCAAGAGUGUAAACAACCACCACAAUGCAAAGAAAUGUGCGCAUGAAGCGAGAAAUUCAGAUGAUGUCGGAAUCACCACCUCACGGAAUAUCAUGCUGGCCAAAAGAUGAUAAAAUAGAUCAUCUAGAAGCACAGAUAGUUGGUGGCGAAGGCACCCCGUAUGAAGGUGGAAUAUUCAAAUUGGAAAUCCAGAUUCCAGAAAGGUAUCCAUUUGAACCCCCCAAGGUGCGUUAUGUCACUCCCAUAUAUCAUCCCAAUAUUGACAACGGUGGACGAAUUUGCCUGGACACACUCAAAAUGCCCCCUAAGGGGUCAUGGAAACCUAUUUUGAAUGUAAGCACCGUGUUGACGUCAUUGCAGCUGCUAAUGGCUGAGCCAAAUCCUGAAGACCCUCUCAUGACUGAUAUUUCUAACGAGUUCAAAUAUAACAGAGCGCUGUACAAUGCCAGGGCCAGGGAAUGGACAGAAAAACAUGCCAUGCAGAAAACAAAGCCUGUCUUAUCGGAGGACAUCUUGAAAGAACCCGAGAACUCCAACAGUGUGAUAGAGAAAGGAAAAGAUGUCUCAGACAAUGUUUCCUCAGGUCUCAAACGCCCCUCAGCAAUGUCUGACGUCACAAACAAACGUAUCAAGCCGAGCUAGACUUGCCAGUCACCUGACUAGAAUCAUGAGAUUGAAACUGCGAUCAACUUGUCCCAGUAAGCGGAGCCACUCAAAUGUGUGAGCUUAGUCAUUGAUUUCCAUGGAAUGGUCAGGAGAGUUGUCAGACUGUCGGGAAGAUGUGAAUGCAGGACCUCAUCUCGGAAUAUGAAAAGUUUAGGUUAAGAAUUGAUACAUAUAUUCCAUUGAAUUUUCAUGUUCGCUAUUAGGCAAUGACAUUGAUUUGAAUCUUUGUUUGCUAAAUUGGAGCUGAGCGGUGAUGAAGAUUGUCUCCCAUCAUUCACCAUCUCUAAUUUUAACAUAUGGUCUCAAG